GAGAAACAGAGUCCCAGAGAGAAAAAGGACACAGACUUGGAGUGAGUGACAACAGUCACGCAAUAGGAGUGGAUUGGGGAAGGGGGUCUCUGGAUUCUGUGAGAAGGGUCAGGGACUCCGAAUAAACAGGUGACUGAAAUGGGGGGGCCGGACCCAUAAAAGACAGAGAUCUAGACCAGGGCAUGGUAACAGGUGAGGAGUGGGAGAUGCUGUCAUUGGGAGAAGGCAGGCCGCCUAUCUCAUGCCAAGUGUCUAAUGACAGGGACAGCUGGGGCUUUGGUAAUUUGAACCCCCAGCACCCUCCUCCCACUGUAUUUAUAGCCCUGGCUUGGUCCCCUACCUCCAUAUCUGAAUUCCAGCCACAGGAGGUCAUGGAGGGGGUGGUUGAGGACUGGACUUCUUCACUGUUUCACGGACACCCACAGUCUCGCCACAAUACCCCAUCCUGGUUGGAACUUCUCUGUGGUUGUACCUCGAAUCCUUGCAAUUGAGGUACCCCUCUUUUCUGCUAGAUACUCCCGUGACCUCUAGAGCCCUAUGGUUCCUCAACUCGGUGCUCUAAAAGUCUAGCCUUUGUCUUUGCAGUUGCCAAUGUUGAAUUUGUUGGCAGACCAAAGUCAGGUCCCUUUAUCCCCUCUCCUGGCCAAUAAGACCCCUCAAUCUACCCCCUCCUCAGUGGGAGGAGGGGCAGGCAAUGAGGAACGGGAUGUGACGAGAAUAACUCAGGCUGAGAGUAAAUUUAGCCACAGGGAUGGGAGGGGAAAGACCCCAUUGGCCUGGCAGCGGGGAGGGAGGGCUCAGGAACGGGGUCACAACUUGAGUCCACCUCAGAGGGGUGUCCAGUGCCGGAGGAAGAUAGAGACUGAAAGAGAUUAUAACAAGGACAGACACAGCCUGAAAGUCAGACCCCCAAAAGGAACAAGAACCCUGAACUGUCAUCACGUAGCCAUAGAGCUGAAGAAGCCAGGCCUGGGAGAAGCUCUGCUGCUUAAAGUCCCCAUGGGCCACCAGAGGCCAUGGCUGCAUACUUCUCUCCUCUGGGCCACAGUGGCCAGCCUGCUCGUCCCUCCUGCAGUGACCCAGCAGCUGAGAGGAUCUGGGGUGGGGCACGGCAACUGGAAUAACAAUGCAGGUGUCCCUGGGCCCUUGGAGGACAUGUCGGCUGAAUUUGGCCACCACAUCCAUGGCCACGGGCGUCAUCAAGAUGAGGAAGAUGUUUCCAUGGAAGACAGGCAUCAUCUCCACAGCCACAGAGACCACAGAGAAGAGGAGGAAGAUCUCUCCAGGGAAUAUGGCCAUCAGCUCCAGGGCCAUGAGCUGGGAGAGGAGAAUGUCUCUGAGGAGGUCUUCACAGAACACGUUGCACAGGCCCAUGGGCACAGGGGCCAUGGCAAUGGAGAUGCAGGGAAUCAUUUCCCUGGCCACAAAAGCCACAGCCAGGAAGAUGACGAUGAGGAUGACAUUGUCUCCACAGAGCAUCACCACCACAUCCCCAGACAUAUUCACCAAGGCCAUGGAGGGGAAGAUGAUGAAGAAGAGGAGGAGGAAGGAGAGAAAGGUGGGGAGGAGGCCUUGGAGUACAGGCAGAAGGCCCAUGGUUAUCAGGACCAUGUGAAAGAAGGGGACGAAGAGGGCUCAGAUGAACACCACCAUGUCCCGAGCCACAGGCAACAAGGCCACAAUGAAGACGAAGAUGCUGAUGAAUCCACUGAGUAUGGACGCCAGGCCCAAAGACACCAAGGCCAUGGCAAAGAAGAAAAUGAGGAUGACUCAAAUGAACACCACCAUGUCCCCAGCCAUAGGCACCGAGGCUAUGAAGAAGAAGAAGAUGAUGAUGAUGAUGAUGAUGAAGACAAUGACUCUACUGAGUAUGGACACCAAGCCCAUGGUCACAAAGGCCGUGAGGAGGAAUCAGACGAGGAAGACUCAGGGGAAGAUUACCAUCAUGUCCCUGGUCACAGGCACCAAGGCCAUGACAAUGAUGAUGAUGAUGAUGAUGACGACGACGACUCUACUGAGGAUGGACACAGUUACCAAGGCCACAGGGAGGAAGAGGAUGAGGACACCUCCAGUGAACACCAUCAUGUGCCUGACCACAGACACCAAGGCCACAGAGAUGAGGAAGAUGAGGACAUGUCCACUGAACACUGGCACCAGGUUCUCACACAUACACACCAGAGCCUUGCAGGUGACAAGCAGGAGGAAGAAGUCACAGUCAAGUUCAGCCACCAUGUAGCAAGCCAUCAAUCCCAAAGCCAUAAGAGAGAUGACGAAGACUUCCCAGAAAAAUUUAAAAUGCAAGUCUCUGGCCAUCACCACCACGGAGUCUCCAGGGGGGAUGUUGAAGACAGCUCUGCUGAGUUUGGGCCCCAGACCCCCAGUCACAAGCCACAAGACCGACAGGAUGAAGGCACUGGCCAGCGUCACCAAGAAUCCAUCCGAAGUGAGAUUAACCACUGGCCCCCAGAGUCCACUUGGGCUGGAGACAAACACCAUUUGAGGGAGACUGAUUCCGAAGAAGAUGGGAAGGAAGAGGACCAUAGCUCCCAGGAGGAAGAUGAUGAUGGCUCAGAGCAGAGAGAGGAAGGAUCCUACCAUGAGGAAGAGGAAGAGGAAGGUCAUGGCCUCCACAUAAGCCAGGAAGAGGAGGAAGAGAAAGAGAUGAGUGAAGAGAGGGUUGAGAUUCAGAUUCCAGUAAGCCAACAUCAGAGGGAGGAGGAGGAAGAGGAGGAGGAGGGACUGGAGGAAGAUAUGCUUCCCUUCACCCUCAUCCCUAACCCCCUGGCUGGGAGGGAGAUGGUGGGAGAAGGUUCCAGUGAGGAGAGCAGAGAGGACACAGGCGCACACGAUGCCCAGGAGUAUGGGAGCUAUCACCCGGGGUCCCUGUGUGGCUACUGCUCCUUCUGCAAUAGGUGCACUGAAUGUGAGAAUUGCCAGUGUGACGAGGAGAACAUGGGCGAACACUGUGACCAGUGCCAGCACUGUCAGUUUUGCUACCUCUGCCCGCUGGUCUGUGAAACGAUCUGCACUCCAGGAAGCUACGUGGAUUAUUUCACCUCUUCCCUGUAUCAAGCCCUGGCCGAUAUGCUGGAGACACCAGAACCCUGAAGGGACAAGUGGCUCCUACAGGUGGAUGUCCCUCCCUGGCCCUUAGACCCCUUACCACGAGCCAUGUUCACUGCUCUGAAUAAACGCGCCCCCUCCCCGGAA